UGAGUUGUUCCAUUUGAUUUGACACCUUUCCUUUAUCUACCAUGGAUUCUACCGAAGGAGAGGCUAAGAUUGGGAGUACAGAUAGCAUACCUUUCGAGAACAACAAAUCAGUUGUUCAGAUAAAGGUAUUGUUCUUUGCCACAGCUCGAGAUAUAACUGGUGUGAGUGAUUUGUCUCUAGAAGUAUCAAAUGGUAGUACAACUCAAGAUUGCUUGAACAAGCUUGUUGCAAAAUUUCCGAAUUUGGAAGAGAUCCGUGGCUGCAUGGUUCUUGCAUUAAACGAGGAAUACACACAUGAUUCAGUUAUUGUUAAACACAAAGAUGAAUUGGCCCUCAUUCCUCCGAUAAGCGGCGGGUAAAUAUCUGCGUGCAUAUAGGAUAAGACAAAAACUGGUGGCUUAAAUUUGUAUUAUGUCCAGAAAAAAUGAUCCCAAGAGGAACGAGGUAAAUAAUACAUUUUCACUUGUUUAUGAGGUUUAUUAUCGUACAUGGCACAUUUAUCAGUUUUCUUGCCAAUUGCCCUUUAAUUUGAUAUUUGGUAUGCAAAACAAUUUGUUAUAGCAUACCAUAUGUUAUGUAAAGCUGGAACCAGACAAGGUUAGUGGUGUAAACUUGCUUAUAUAAUUUUCAGUAAAAGUAUGUGCACAAAUAAUGUACAUAAAAAAAUAAUUAUGUGGAAA